ACGAAUCCAUGUGACCUUGACAUUGCAGUAAAUGUGCUUUUUGAAGGUUAUACGAACGUUGAUUGUUAUUGUUUACAUUUCGGUAUUUCCGCGCAUGCGCAUUGACUGGAGGGCAAAAAACGCGCUUCCGCUUAUAAACUGUCAACACAACAAUGGAAUCAGCACCGGAGAGGCUUGCAGUCAUGUCGCAGCUCUGUUGUUUAAAGUGGAAGCUGCGGUGAAGCUAGACCUGACCAACCCAUCCAAAACCAGUGCUGCCUGUGUCUGGAACCGUUACUACAGAGAGAAGGUAGCUGCAGAACCUUUGAGUGAGAUGAAUUUCAGCCAACCAAAGCACGGCAAAGUCCCCAAGAGAAAAGCCAGACCCGCGCCAGACACAGACUCUGAUGACGACUUUGACGACGAAGCUGCCCUGCGUGCUCUAAAACGCAUUUGUCCAAAUGCAUGUGUCCUUACAAAAGACGACUCUGACACUGAUACUGCAUCAGAUGACGAAGAUAUGCCCCCGUUACUUAUCAGAGAGCACAGCAUCAGUGGACAGCUAACCGAGGAAGCAUUGGCCGCAGAAUGCAGAGCUUUCUUGCGAGAUUUUACUGUCACUCCGACACAAGCCAGCAACCUCGAAAAAAUGACCAGGAACCAGUCGGAAAGUGGAUUAUGGAAGCGACAACGUCUUGGUCGCAUAACGGCAUCUAAUGCUCAUGAUGUUAAAACCAGGAAAGAGGGAACUAAGUCUGAUGCCUUGAUAAAAAGGAUCAUGGACAGUGACAAAACAGACAUCAGUGGAUUACAAAGUGUUAGGUUUGGAAUAGUUAACGAAAAAAAAGCAAAGAAACAGUACAAUGACAUAAUGGCGAAAGAACAUGACAAUUUUGUGUUGCGGGACAGUGGACUAGUGAUAGACACCACAUUUCCCGUGUUUGCGGCAUCACCCGAUGGUGUAAGAACUUGCCUAUGUCACGGGGAAGGACUUGUUGAAGUGAAAUGCUCAUACAAGCAUCGCGAUGUGUGUGUUAAGGACAUUCCAGACAUAGAUCCUACAUUUUACCUCGGAAAGGAAAAUUUAACUUUGAAGGAGGGUCACCGCCACUACACACAAAUUCAGUUUCAAAUGUUUGUGUGCCAGAAACAAUUUUGUGACUUUGUUGUUUAUACAAAUAAGGGUGUAUUUGUUCAGACAGUCUAUUAUGACAGCACUUUUGUGAAAGACCUUAUAGACAGAUGUACAACAUAUGCCAUGUCAGAACUAGUUCCAGCAAAUAUCAUGAAAAAAAUGGAACGUGGUGACAAUGAAUGAGGAUAGUAAAUGUGUUUAAUCUUGGCAUGCUAUUAUCAUUUAAUGUUAUACUAUGCUCAAGGUUCAUACAUGCUAAAUCUUAUAUCAACAAAUCUCUAUUUAGUAAAUUUAAGCAUUUCUUUUUAAAUCUCAAAGAACAAAUACAAUCACAAAUUCUACAUGGCAUAUACUUUUACAUGUGUGUUGUUUUUUCCCCAAAUUUUAAUUUUUUUGACAACUUAAAAGUAUUUGAAGUAAAUGAAAUAUAUAGUUUGAAAGUUGAGCAUAGUAUACAUCUAAGAUGACUGUGUGUAAUGUGUAUAGAACCAAACCGACAGUUCUGUAUUAUGACGUAUAUGUAAAUAAAGAAAUUGUCAACAGUUCUGUAUUUAUUAUGUUAAGUAUCAACACAUAUCAACAAUAAAGCAGCAGCUUUUAUUUUCAGCUUAUUCAAUAACAAUU